AUGGGCCCUGCGGCCCUCGCAAAGGGAGCGCAGGAGACGGGCACGCGUUCGGGCGGGAGCCCAGCCCUGCCGGGCGUUGGGCCAGGCUCACUGCGGCCUAGCCGGGGUGAGGAGCUGGCGGGGGACCGAGGAGCUGGUUACUCAUCGGCAGUCCAGAAAUUCUCCCAGACUCUGCAGUCCUUUCAGUUUGACUUUAUUGGGGACACACUAACAGAUGAUGAGAUUAAUAUUGCUGAAUCCUUCAAGGAGUUUGCAGAGCUGCUGCAGGAAGUAGAGCUUGAGAGAUCCAUGAUGGUGCAAAACGCCAGUGAUCUGCUGAUCAAACCUUUGGAAAAUUUUCGGAAGGAGCAAAUAGGGUUUACUAAGGAAAGGAAGAAAAAGUUUGAGAAGGAUGGUGAGAAGUUUUAUUCCAUGUUGGAUCGCCAUUUGCAUUUGUCCUCUAAAAAGAAGGAAUCCCAACUGCAAGAGGCUGACCUCCAGGUUGACAGAGAGAGGCACAAUUUCUUUGAGUCCUCCCUUGAGUACGUGUACCAGAUCCAGGAAGUACAGGAAAGCAAGAAAUUCAGUAUUGUCGAGCCGGUGUUGGCUUUUCUCCACAGCCUCUUUACGUAUAACAACCUGACAGUUGAACUCACACAGGAUUUCCUUCCUUAUAAACAGCAGCUUCAGCUCAGCCUGCAGAAUACGAGGAAUCACUUUUCCAGCACAAGGGAGGAGUUGGAAGACCUGAAGAAGAGGAUGAAGGAAGCCCCUCUAACCUGCAAGCUCCCCGGGCAGCCAACCAUAGAGGGUUAUCUCUACACUCAAGAGAAAUGGGCACUGGGCAUCUCCUGGGUGAAAUAUUACUGCCAAUAUGAAAAAGAGGCAAAAAUGCUGCGGAUGACCCCCAUGGACCAGAAGCCUGGAGCUAAGCAAGGCACCUUAGACUUGACGCUGAAAUCCUGCGUAAGGAGAAAGACUGAUUCAAUAGACAAAAGGUUUUGUUUUGACAUUGAAACUAAUGAAAGAUCCGGUACCAUCACCCUGCAGGCACUUUCUGAAGCGAAUCGAAGGCUGUGGAUGGAAGCGAUGGAUGGAAAAGAGCCGAUCUAUCACAGUCCCAUCACGAAGCAGGAGGAAAGUGAGUCCUUUAAGUUUUUGCUGCUCUAG